AUGCUGGAAAAGGAUGAAGAAAAUGGAAUUUGUAAGCUUCCUCGAAGUGUAAUACAUGGGAUCAUGGAACGCUUACCGUUGAAAGAUGGUGCAAGGAUGAGUAUAUUAUCCUCAAAAUGGAGAAACAAUUGGCGAACACUUCCUGGUCUUGUUCUUGAUGAUAAUUUCUUCAUACAAGUGUUGGGAUAUAAACUAUAUAGCACACACGAAUACAGUAGAAUCGUCAGUAAAAUUCUGUUGCAGCACAAAGGCCCCAUUACAAAAUUUAGUCUUGACAUUCCUGAAGCCAUGGGGAAGGACCCUGAUGUUUACCAGUGGAUACAAUUCCUUUCUGGGAAUUACAUCAAGGAAUUCACUCUAACAAUCUUUAACAAAUUACAGAUUCAAUUGCCUUCUCCUCUCUUCUCUUGUCCCAAUUUAACCAAGUUAAGGCUUCGUGGCUGUGUAUUUAAGCCUCCACGAUCUUUUAAAGGCUUCCAGUAUUUAGUCAGUGUUGAUUUUGAGGAUGUUUAUGGUUUCACUAUUAGCAAAUUUGUUGCUAAAUGUCCAUUGCUAGAGGAUUUUAGUUUAAGAAACCAUAACAAUGGUGUUGAUCAACUAUGCGGUGUAUUAAGAACGCUUCCUCUUCUGGAGUUUACUCAUGUCAGAAAUCUGGACCUCACAAGUUUCAAUUCCUGCAGCGAGCUCUUCUGCACUAUUCGCAUAAUUCAAAGUUGUCCUAAUGUUGAAACCCUGCAUAUUUCGGUAAAAGUUUCGGAGAAGAUGACUGAUUCUGUUGAAUUUAACUUGACUACUUCAGACCUUUCCUACAAAUUUCUCCAACUCCGUAACGUUACUGUCAGAUUUGACAGAGGAUCAGGUUUCGAGCUCAAGCUUAUUGUUGAAUUUCUGCUUGCCUGCUCUCCUGUGUUAGAAAUGAUCAAUCUUGAGAUUAAUGAACAACUUAAUGCCAAGGCCAAGCUGAAUGUGUCAAAGAAGUUGAUGCAGUUCCACAAGGCAUUUUCUAACAUUAUCAUUUUUACCUCUAUGGCAAGUAGAGUUGAUCAAGCUUCAGACACUUACUCAUAUUCAGAUGAUGAAGAUGAAGAAAUUGGUGGAUAUUCAAGCUGUAACUUGAACGAUACUCCGAUUCCAGAAUCAGAGAUGGAAGAAUACUCUGGAACUGAUGGUAAUCAUCACAUAAUCAGUUCUGAUGAUGACAUUAAAGAAGUUGUGGACAUACUUCAAGGCAACACCUUUAAUUUCUGA